GUUUUUUAGCGUCAACGGCUUCCCUGUGCUAAGAGCAGCUGAGCAAUCCCCUCUGCGGCUGAGGCGCUGCCUCCCCGAUGACGCAAAUUCCUCGCUGCUUUGCAACAAGAUUGUUUUUUCUGUAACAGUUCUUCUCGAUUGAAUCACCCCUCAUCCCAGAAAAAGAAAAAGAAAUAAAAAGCAAAUCAACUCACAAUUUUUUGAUUUGCGACAUGCCGAAUUGCUGGGAAGCCCACGCCCUCCCCGACCGAGCAGCAUCGGACGCUCACCGCCCCCAGCAGCGGCUCUGCGUGGCGGGGCUCCACCAGCGCGCGCACUCGGUCACGGACCCAUACCACGCCGGGGCGCGGCAUCGCCACCAGCAGACGGUCCGGCCGGUGUCGGCAGAGGGCCAGCGCCGCGACGGCCCGCACGCGCGGCAGUCGGCGUACGACGCGCCUCCGCCGGCCCAGGAUUAUGGGUAUCGAGGUCCCGGCGCAACCGGGUCAGAGUACCGCACGCCCUCUGCGGCGGAGUUUUAUGCCGGGGUGUGGCAGCCGCCGUCGUCUCCGAGACAUUCAAAUGUGCCGAGCGUAGGCGGCUACCAGGCCCCGGAGCAGCCGGUUUAUGCUUCUGACCCGGCGCCGUCGGGGGUUAAUUCGUACCCAAUGUCCCCGCCAUAUACGCCUGCUCCGGGUGCGUCGUAUGCUUCGCCGGCGGUUGGGUAUGCCCAGACGCCACCGCCGCCUACGCCGUCGAGCCCCUACACGCCGUAUCAGGGAUAUCAGCAACCAUACCAGACGCAGCCAUUCUCGCCAGUUUCCCCGCAGCAGCCGAGUGGUGUCUACCAAGCAUAUCGGGAUCCGAACGCGCCAUAUCAGCAGCCCCAGGGGCAAUACACCGCAUACCGCCCCCAGGUUCCAGCGCUCAAAGUCAGCCACCAGAGCAGUGGUGUGCCACCGAGUGCGGCAGGGCAGUCCUUUAUCGCCGAGCUGCCGGCUGAGGAGGUACCCUCGACCCGGAUGAAGCCUGACCGCCAGCAGCCGGUGGAGCUCAUGGCCGAGACACCGGCAUGGAAGGAUCCUGUUCUUGGAGGUGAUACAGCCGAGCAAUGGGCCGAAGAACUCAGUAAAAGGUUUGAGAGGACAACGAUCGACGCUCAAAACAACUACUCGGGAUCAGUUGAAGCACCAGCGCCGUUGCGUAUCCGCAAGUCGACCAAGAAGACAGGUGAUCAUCCAACGAGUUCUACCGGACACCCGAGGACCUUUGAUGUCGGUGGGUUGGAUCAGCCGAAUCAGUCGGAUCCGGCGCAGCUGAUCCAUCAGCACUUGUGGUCUGGUUCUCGCCAAGGACCAGCUCCAUAGCCGCAGCUUCCUCCUCUUGCCAGGCCCUCCUCGGCAACCACCAUUGCUUCCAUUUUUGGAUGCUCUAGGGGGGUUUUUAUGAGGUUACACAUGACGGGAUAAACUCAACAAACACCCCGGCUUGCCCUUGGUAGCACCUUAACAUCAGCCAUCCCUCUUGUUAAAGCCUCUUAAUCUUCUGAGUAUUUCUAGACAUACGACGUUCCUUUAAUAGUAAUGGUUCGAGUUUUUGCAUAAUAUCGGCUGUUCUGAGGUUCCCGGUCGGUCUGGGAUAUAGUCUUCUGAAGGGACAGAAGAUGGAAACAUUUGUUAGAAAUUAUGCUUUGCUUGGUCUUCAUCACUCCUAUCUUCUUAUACGUAACCUCCCUUGGUGCUGGACUAGUACUUGCUUUGUACAAGAUUCAUAAUGAAUGGAUCUUUGUAUUCAUGCCCUAUCAAUCCCCCGCUCACUAGCGAACUGUUGCAUUAACACUUGACAAUAUGCUCAAAUAAUCUAUUUAUAGCUCAUUUGCCAUUUACCCACCUCAACUUGACGCUAUACAGAUAUAUUACAUAGUAAAUGCUGAAUAUUGGCCUGGUAG